CUGCGAUUCAAUGAAGCCGCCAGUCAGAGCCGACGGGGCUGGGAGACAAACCCAAGCUGGGACAAUUCACGGAGCCUCCUGCCGCCGGGAUCCUCGACCACAGGGAAUAUGUAUACACCCACCGAGCAUAGAAGCCGCGUUUUUCUCCAUUAAUAAACACACAAGGAUACCUUUGCUAGCCGCUUUCAGUUUGAACUUGAGAGUUUGAUGCUCCGAAGGUUUUUUUCUGAACUUAAUGUUCCAAGUGAGAAUGAUUUUUGCUAACACUGGAAACCCACCUAGAACUUCGUAUCGCAAACAGCUACCUGCAGCUCCACUGUCCCAGCCCAUGGCUCCGCCCAGCCCCAGCACCAACAGCAGCACCAACAACAGCAGCGGCGGCUGGGACCAGCUGAGUAAAACAAACCUCUACAUCCGAGGUUUGUCCCCUUCAACCACAGACCAUGACCUGGUCAAGCUUUGUAAGACGUAUGGCAAAAUCAUUUCAACGAAAGCCAUUCUCGACAAGACUACAAAUAAGUGUAAAGGAUAUGGCUUUGUGGACUUUGACAGUCCUGCUGCAGCUCAGAAGGCCGUGGCUGCCCUGAAGACAAGUGGCAUCCAAGCUCAGAUGGCAAAGCAACAAGAACAAGAUCCAACCAAUUUAUACAUCUCCAACUUACCUUUGUCCAUGGAUGAGCAAGAGCUGGAGAACAUGUUGAAGCGAUUCGGCCAAGUUAUAUCCACGCGCAUCCUGAGGGACUCCACUGGAGUCAGCAGAGGAGUGGGCUUUGCCAGGAUGGAGUCAACAGAAAAAUGUGAGGCCGUCAUUUCUCACUUUAAUGGAAAGUUCAUCAAAACACCUGCAGGGGUUUCAGCGCCGUCUGAACCGCUGCUCUGCAAGUUUGCUGAUGGAGGACAGAAAAAGAGACAAAAUCCAAAUAAAUUUGGCCAGAAUGGUCGCGCCUGGGCUAGAGACAGCGACUGCAGACUAGCUGGAAUGACGCUCACAUACGACCCCAGUGCCGCCAUGCAGAACGGAUUCUUUCCACCACCCUACAGUAUUUCUAGCAGGAUGAUUGCUCAGGCGUCCAUGUCUCCUUACAUGUCUCCUCUUUCAACAUAUCAGGUGCAGAGUUCCUCCUGGGUGCCUCAUCAACCCUAUAUCAUGCAGCACCCAGGUGCAGUAAUAUCGCCUUCUAUAGAUCCAUCUGUGCAACUGCAGCCAACUUCCAUCAUGGCCCCUCUUUCUCAGCAAAUGAGCCACUUGUCACUGGCAGGACCAGGAUCGUUUAUGGCUGCAACCACACCAGUGCAGGGAGCGUACAUCCCACAGUACACACACAUGCAGACGGCAGCUGUUUCUCUGGAGGAAAGUAUCGGACAGUCACAAGUGGAUUCAUCUAGUAAUCAUUCCUCUUAUUCCUACCAACAAGCCAAAUAGUGCUGAGGUUACUUUGAACACUUGAACAAUGGCAAGAAAAGUUCUUAUUUACACAUACAGCGGACACAAAGGACCAUUUUCCAGGAUUUGGACUACUUUUUUUUUUUUUUUUUUUUUUUUUGCUCUCAUUUUUUAGAUGAUAUAAAAUUCACCAAAUGAAUCCUAUUCUAUUUAAAGAAGUUUUAUUUUCAUACUAGAAAUUGUUUAUUUUUACUAGGGGUUGCAACAAAAAUUCUACAAAAAGGAUAAAAAAAAUAAUGUUUCUAGUUGUAAAAAUUGCAUGCUGGUAAAAAAAAAUGUUUUUAUUUUAUUUUGAAAAUGUUGCAGUUGCUGUGUUAAUGCUUUUAUGGUGAGAUGUCUUAAAUUUUUGGUAUGUGAUUACUUUUUUUUAAAAAAGCAUCAGAAUGAUCAUAAGAUUUGCCUUAAUCGUUUCAGUCCGAUAUUUGUGCAACAGCAGAGGAGCGUUGAACAGAAAAGGUUGAGAUCUUUACAUUAAAGGCGUCCAAGUUUCCAUAGGAUAAAUAUUUACUUUUUUGAGUGAGAUUCUUUUUCAUUUUGAUGCUAAAUGUUUCCCAAACUGAAAACUGAAAGCAUCACUGACCAAACUCAGCUUUAACUUAGGAGUUCAAAUUAGAUGGAUGUGUGUGUGUGUGUGCAUGUGUGUUGCACCUUACUUUUUGUUCGGCACUUUUGAUUGUAAGAUAGUUUUGUGCUUCUGAGAAGGACCCUAAGUGACUCAGCAAAAUUAAUUUACAGUUUAAACAGCGUGCCUUUUUCUUUUUUUUUACUUUUUUUUAUGUGUCUUAAUAUGUACAUAGACAAUCAUGAAGGAAGGCCCUAAUGAGUGUUACACAAUUUUACUGAAACACAGAUUGAAAUAAAACCAAAUAGAAAAUAAAGGAAUUAGUCAUUUAUAUGGAGAGGAGACAAGAGUGAUGACUUAAAGCAAACGUUCUGACUUUAGCCUGUGGUUGGACUGGGUUUUUAGUCAGCUGACCAGUUAUCUACCUCAGUUUUUUUUUUGUUUUUUGUCCUCUAUAUUUAGGUCGGGUUAGCAGGUCCAGCCCGCCCCUCCAGACCAAACGCCACACUCAGGAGCUGGCAACACAUUUUUCUUAAACGUUGUUUGAAAUACUGUUUUAUUUUCUACAACUUGUUUGAUACGAUGUUUAGUUACAGUCUUAAGGCUACUCGAAUGUUUUGUUUUUCUCAUGUUUCAUCACCUCAGCAUAUUCUGGAUGCUGAUGCAUUUCAGAGAAGCUCGAUCGGUGAAGCUUUGAAUGAAAAUGUUCAUUGAUUUUUGUCUUGGGUCAAGAAGAAACAAAAAACAAAACAACUGCAGCAUUUUCUUGUAUUUUGCUGGAAUGAGUGAUAAAGGGCUGCUGGAACUAUACUUGAGAUUUCUGUGUAACCACUGAGGCUGAUGAAUCAAACUGUCUUUGUGAGGUUUAUGCUGCUACUAGUGUCUGAACCAAGUGCCACAGCGUCUCAGUUUUGGAUGGAAAAGGUGCACGAGUGUAAAGCAAACGCCACAUUGAUUAAGUAAAUCGAAUCCUAACUUAUGAAGAUUUGUGUAAAGUCGGCUUGAGAAUUGAGGAUUUCAUUAAGCUAUGUGAAAGUUACUUGUUUCAUUUGUGCCACUCUAAAUAAAUGUAUGUACAGUGCAAAGAUUUUUUUUCCUCUGUUCAAAAGAUUUUUCUUCCCUGGAUUGUUGCAUGAUUCUGUGCAUUUCUUUUCUUUUUUUCAAUAAAAUCAAAAAGGUGCUUUAAUUGGUUUUCUGUAAUUUAUUUGCUGCUUUAGUUAUGCUAAAAAUAAUUUGUUUAAAAAUCCUCAAUGUGCAACCCAUCACUCUAAAAAAAAUCUGCAAAAUAUAUAGGAUUCAUCUGAUGUGAAAACUGCUGAAAAAGAGACUGUCAAAAGGCAAAGAAAGGCUUUGCUGUCGGGUCAGACGGGGAGGACCUGGUGAGCCUGGUAUGAACACUGUCACACAGUAUUGUUCACAACAGUCGAGACCUGGUCAGAGUGGGUUCUGGUCUCAGAGAGCGAGCCGUAGGGCAUGCAUUGGGGCACUCACAAUAGUUUGGAUAGAGCCGUCUGUGAGCAGCCCUCCACAUGGCAGAUGGGUCCCCCCCCCCAAUGGUAUCCUGCAGAGUGUUGUGCCACCCUACGGGAAGCCCCCAGCUCCAGACGAGCAGCGAAACUCCCACUUCAGCUGUCUGUUUGUGCCACAUGCUCCUACAAGCAGUGGACUUCAAGCCUGGUUUUACUCCUUUAUUAACAACCCUCCCCUUUGCAGUUGAUGCACACCUAUUGUCUUUUACUAUCAAUUCACGGAUUGUUGUUUUUCAUUAGAGCACACCUUUACCUAUAUGUGAACAAGAAGGACAUUUGAAUCAUUGUAAAUAAAAGCUAAAUUUAUCACAAAAAUAUGAAAAUCUGUAGGAUUAAGUUAGCUGUUUACUUUGUAACAUAGAAUUAUUUUUAGUAGUGCAGCUAUGAAGUUGUAAAAUUAAUUAAAUUAAAAAAAUAUUAACAAUUUAAAAAUGUUCAUAGAGAAGUUUCACAUUUUGAAAAUCGCCUCUUUUUCCUUUUUAUAUUAUAAUAUUAUGUUGUAAUAUAUAUUAUAUUGUAACUAUGUUUUUAUUGUUUAACAUCCAUUGUAUCUGUAUUGAUUAUUCUCCAGAGCUCCCUUAAAAAAGUGGUUUUAGAUCUCAACGAGACCGCCACCCUGGCUAAAAAAAAAAAAAAAAACUAUUUUUUUUUGUUUGUGCAUUGUUUCAGAAAACACCUAAUUGUUCCAGAUUGGCAAACUAUUUGCUUUUGUUAAAUUCAAUAGAAUUUUAACAGCACAAUUAAUUGCUACUAAACCAUCUGAAAUACUGAGAAAAGAAAAACAAAAAAACAGCAAUGAUGCACAAAACUGGAAAAAUAUGAAUACAUUUCUGGUGAUGAGUUAAAGAAUCACAAUACUCUCUGAAAUAGUUUGAAACCAGGAAAAGUAAUGAUAAAUGUAAAAAAAAAA